CGAGGCGGAGUGGACAGCUCCCAGGUGCUGAAACUGGUCGGAGACAGAGAAGGAAGAAAGGGGGGGAAAAAUCAACGACUGCACUAGAUUAAAAUAAAUAAAUAAAUCAAAGCGAAUCGAGCCUCACAGGGACGCGCGCAGACGGAACCGAGGCCUUCAACGCAGAUGGCUGCCACUCAGGAUGCAAAAGGGAAAGGGGAGGGUGGAGAUCAGAAUUUCGACUACAUGUUCAAGCUGCUGAUCAUCGGCAACAGCAGCGUGGGCAAAACGUCCUUCCUGUUCCGCUACGCCGAUGACGCCUUCACCUCCGCCUUCGUCAGCACAGUGGGCAUAGAUUUCAAAGUGAAGACCGUGUACAAGAACGACAAGAGGAUCAAACUGCAGAUCUGGGACACUGCGGGCCAGGAGCGCUACAGGACCAUCACUACUGCUUACUACCGCGGCGCCAUGGGCUUCAUCCUCAUGUAUGACAUCACCAAUGAGGAGUCGUUUGGUGCCGUGCAGGACUGGUCAACCCAGAUAAAAACCUACUCAUGGGAUAAUGCACAGGUGGUGCUGGCUGGGAAUAAAUGUGACAUGGAAGAAGAGAGGGUUGUCUCAGUGGACAGUGGCCGACUGCUGGCAGAGCAGCUUGGUUUUGAAUUCUUUGAGACGAGUGCCAAGGACAACAUCAACGUGAAGCAGACCUUUGAGCGUCUUGUCGACCUGAUUUGCGACAAGAUGUCUGAGAGUUUGGACACUGACCCGGCCGUCACCACAGGAGCCCCCACUGCCAAGCUCACAGACAGCGCGCCGCCUCUCCAACAGCAGGGAUGCAACUGUUAGUGCGCCCGUCGCCAAGGGUCCUGUUAGGUGGUCGGUUGGAUUACCACACCUGAUCGCGCCGCCUUCCCUGGACUGCAGUUCAAACCCUGUUCAGCAUAUUAGAAUAGCAUAUUAAAUCACAGCGUAAACAUCUUAGACAAAAAGGCGAAUAACCAGGAAAACACUCAUGGCUGUUGUCAAAUAUGUGAAAUCACAGGAUAUCUAGAGUAUAGCAAAACUAUAUUUUCAUUCUUACGCUGGUUAGACUGAUAAAUAUUAACUAAUUAUGUUUGAUAGGGCUUGAAGUACAUUGUUCACGUGUACAGGCAAUCCUUGCGACCUUUAAUAUCUUUAAGACCUAAAUAUUUAUAAAUUGAGGGAUAUAGUCUGCGAGUGCUUUAAAAGUCUUUAAUUUGUUCAUUUUCCUUCAAAUGUUUUAUUAUUUUUGACUCCCAAAGCUGCCAAACUGGGGAUUUUGAGCACUUGAUGAUGUAGCAGCUUCCUUUUCGUGUAAUCACUGUAACAUUAAGCGUGUGGCUGACUGUGCAGUAGCGUGGGUUUGCAUGAGUGCGAGUGCCAUGUCACACCAACCAUCCGAAAAAUCAUCUACCUAUAGAAAAAAACAGUGGCCUUUUAGCAUUUUCAACAUGGCCUCCGUGAGUUCCUGUGUCCUGCUUACUGUCAGAAUGAAUCAGUCAUCGUGAUGUGAGAACUUUGCGUCCCUUUGCUGUCUUUGAUUUAAUAACUGUAUCUUUAAAAGAAAAAAAAUGUUGUUUGGAGCCUCUGAGGUGACCCUUUAUUGUUUAAUGCAAAGAGCAUGCUGCCAAAAAAAAGUCACUGAUGUGCUGUUUUAUUUAAAGAUGGGCCUUAUCUGAACCUCUCCAUCCACAAUCCUUCAUUAAGCCUAAUGUUGUCAAAGCACAGUAAAGUGUAUGUUUGAAACCGAAAACCAGUUCCGGCAUGGAAGAAACAGCCAUAAUUUCUGAGUCGGCAUGCUUUUGUGCUGUAAAACAAAAUCCCUUCUUUAAGAACCAAUCCUAAGAAAAGUUGCUUUUAAAGAACUUUAUAAACAUACAGUAGUUAAAGCGUUAAACCGGCCGAACUGCUGGCAUAUUGUACUGUGCUGUCUUAAUAAUAUGUCUGUGUGUAAAAGUUGCACCUAAUAAUAAUUUAAAAAAGGGAAACUUUAAGUCAAUCUCAUAGGAAGAGAAAAAAAAAACGUGCCAAAUGACAUUACAUUGCAGUUCCUUUAGCAUCGUCAGCUAUUUGUUGCAUAGUUAAAUAAAAUACUCGAAAAAAAUGCAUGAAGUCAGUCCUCACAGAUCAAUGUAGGUUUAUAUUCUAAGACACUGUAUAUAUCACUCUAUGUUUCAGAUUUAGGAGCAUUGACGUAGCACUUGCUAUGAGAUGCAAUGGGCCAAUAAGUGCAAUAUUUUAUGAAAUAAUCCCUGUAAAUACCCUUCCUGUCCUUGGAGCAAACAGCUCUUAACCUGGAGUGCGUGCGAGUUGGCCAGCAGAACUGGAGAAAAGUUAUUAACGUCUUAAAAAAGAAUUAGUGCUUUUUUUCUGCAUCUGCAGCCGACGUGACGGAUGGUGUGUGCGAGUGAGUGCAUGUACCUGCCAUUACUGAGGAAACAGUUAAUUAGUGUAUCGUUUGUGUAUCAUUUUUGUACAAAUGUAUUCACGUACUGUAUGCUGUUCCUGCUAGCUGUUGGGUGUUGACUGAACUUGUAUUAUCAUGUCAAAAUGCAGUGUUAUUGUGGAAGAUAGUCAGGGAAAUGACUUCAUUCAUGCCAUAUACUGUACUGUUGUAACUCUAUAAGAAAAGGGAUCCAAGUAACGUAGCUAUAAGAACCUGUUCAUACAUUUACACACAUAGUCUUAAGCGUGUGCAGUUGUUCAUGUGUGUCACAGUAUAACUUAUUGCCAUGAAAUAAAUUACUGUAGCUCCCAAUUCAAGAUUCAUUUUCAAAGAGGAAUAACCACAGUCGAUCUGAUAAAAUCUUAUCGUAUAGGACUUUUAGAUGCGGCUGGAUAUAUUUGUUUCUUGGAGUGCAAGCAACGUUUUUGAGAUUAUAGAAAAUAAAAUCUAAAUCUAUGA